CUCGUCCACUCCGCUUCGCUUCGCUGCUGCGCGACGCUUCUUGCGCAGCCAAUUUCAACUUUAUUUUUCUCACUUCGUAUCUACUAUUUGAAUACAAACUUCAACAUGUACAGUUCGCAGCGUGCGCUGCACACCAUGAGCCGGCGGACCGGCUCACGUAACGACCUCACCGGUGCCAGCUAUCCGUAUGCUCGGAGCGAGGUGUUGCAGUCUGGUAACGGAUACGGACAAGAGUACACAGAGGUCUACACCUUCUCUAGAGGAUCCCUGGGCGGAGGACAAAUGUCCUCUUCAACUAGCAACCUUCAUCAGAGGGCCGCCUUUCUGCACGAGCAGUGUCAGGAUUACCUGCAGAAGGCUGAACACAUUCUGCAGGGCGGCGGCGACACUCCGCACGCGGCAGCAGAGGCAGAACGAUGUAUGGUCACAUCCAGAGAGUUUAUCGAACAGCUCAAGAUUCUCGCCUUCGACCUAAGACAGAUGGGCCAACCAAAUGAUAAUGUGCUGAGGAGUAUGGAACAGUGUCAAGAGCAGCUGAGGGGUCUGCACAUGGCUCUUGGUGGCUCCCUGCAGAGGAAGAGAAGCAGCAGGGGAAGCUUCAGCUGGGAGGAACAAAGCAGAAGUUUUGCGGAGGCUUUUGGCUGGAUCACACAGCAGAAGCGUUUAAUAGAGACAUCGCCAUGGGGAGAUGACCCAGCCUCCAUUGAGCAGCAGAUUCUCAGUCACAACAAAUACCAGAGCCAAAUACAAAGGAGUACGGAAGUGGACAGAGCCCGAGAGGAACUGAUCCAGAGAGGAGACAAAGCUAACCUGCAUGCACUUGAUCAGGAGUGGGACAGCCUACAGAAACUGUCUUUUGCGCGUAGCAGUCAGCUGAGGGAGCUUCAGGGCAUCAUUGAGGAGAUCUCCAGAGAAAUCAUGUGGGUGAAUGACAGAGAGGAAGAGGAGCUGGUGUUUGACUGGGGAAACAAAAACAUCGACGUGUAUAUUCCCCAGAAACAGGAGAGCUACUCAAGGUUGAUGAGUGAGCUGGAGCAGAAGGAGAGAGAUCUUAAUAAACUCAAACUUAAAGUGGAUAGCUUGCUCAAGAACAAUCACCCUGCUUCUGACAAGAUCGAGGCCUACAUGGACACUCUGCAGACCCAGUGGAGUUGGCUCCUCCAGAUUACAAAAUGUAUACAUGUGCACCUGAAGGAGAAUGCAGCUUAUAGCCAGUUCUUUAAAGAGGCAAAUGAAAUAUACAGCAAGUUGCAGAAAGAUCACGAGGGAAUUCGCAAGAAAUUCAUCUGUGACAAGUCAACAUCCUUGCAAAACCUGCUGGAACUUUCCAAGGCACUGGAGAGAGAGCGUGAGAAGUUGACAGAGCACAAACAGCAGGUCCAGCAACUGGUGAAUAAAUCGAAAGAGAUCGUAAGACUUAGACCCAGAAACCCAGAGGAAAAGAGCAACAGCCCUGUUAUAGUGAGGGCCCUGUGUGAAUUUAAACAAGACCAGAAGGUCAUCUGUAAAGGGGACGAGGCUAUACUGAAAGAUAACUCUGAGCGCAGUAAGUGGUUGGUGACUGGACCUGGAGGUCUGGACAUGGAAGUGCCUUCUGUCUGUCUGCUGGUGCCCCCACCUAACCCACUGUCUAUCAGUGUGGCCGGCAAGAAUGAGCAGUACUUUGAGGCGAUAAUGUCAGUCUGGAACCAGCUCUUCAUCAACAUUAGGAGUCUGAUUUCCUGGCAGUACUGCAUCCAAGACAUCAACCACAUCAACUCCCUCACCAUCACCAUGCUCUCUCGGAUGCGUCCGGAGGAGUAUCGCAGCAUCAUUAAGAGUUUGGAAACUCACUAUCAGGAGUUCCAGAGACAUUGCUUGGGCUCUGAGAUGUUUGAAGAUGACGACAAGAGAAACAUUGAGACUCAGUACCAGGGAGCACAGAAACACUAUGAACAGCUGGUUAUACAACUGCCAGCUUAUAAUUCGGCGUCGUCUAAGACUAAAACUACAGUCACGGCCUCGUCAACACUGUUGAGUGAACUGCACGUGCUCCGAUUGAAGUUAGAGGGGGCGGAGUCAGCUCUCACCACGCACUUACACCUUCCACUGGGCGAAGAUGCACCUGCUGAGUGUGCCCAGCAUAUCACUCAGACACAGGCGGUGCAUAGAGACAUCAUCUCAAUAAGAGAGCAGUUUGUCAGUCUGAGGGAGCGUGUGUUGAGAGAGUUGGAGGGGAUGACCGAUGUUGAUAAGGCCCAGUUCCUGCGCAGCCAACUCGACAUAAUUGACAAAAAACUCAGCCACCUGGACACCUGUGCUACAGCUUAUUCACAGAGGUUAAAGGCUGUGUGUUCACUGCUGCAGGCUGAACUUCAGGCUGAGGAUGUGGUGAAGGUUUUUGAGGCUCGACUGACUGAGCGAGACACGACCACACUGGACCCAGAAGAGGUCCAGGAAUAUCAGAAUGCUCUAAAGAGCAUGCGGAGUGAGCUGGAGCAGAAGCAGAGCAUUUUGAGCUCUUUGAAUACAGAGUUAAGUAAAGCAUGUCAGUAUAAUGAUCAGAUGGAGAGGAACUGCCACAGAUGUGAUGUGGACCUGACCCAGCAUGCUGAACGGGUGGGCCAGCUCUCAGAUCGCUGGGGACGUAUUCAGACACAGAUAGACAGCAGGUUGAGGGACCUGGACUCCUACCUGGUGCAGCUGCAGCGGUAUUUGAGGUCAAGUUCUGUUCUCAGUGAAUGGAUCAAUGAGACCAGACAGCGUCUAGACGCCCAACAGGCCACCAAAACUGAUGACAUCGCGGUCCUCAUGGAGCACCUCAGCAAGCAAAAGGCAUUGAACACUGAGAUUAAAGGGAAGAGAGAGGAUGUGGAGACUGUACAGAGAGACGGUGAUACCUGUGUGAGCGCCAUCAAGGACUAUGAGCUGGAGUUAGCAUCUUAUAGUGCAGGACUGGAGACUCUGCUCAACAUACCCAUAAAAAGAACAAUGCUACAGUCUCCAUCUACUGCAGUUAUACAGGAGGUUUCCGAUCUGCAUGCACGUUACAUAGAACUGCAGACACGAUCCAGCGAUUACUACAAAUUUUUGACAGUGUCACUAAAGAAUAUGGAGGAAUUGAAGAUGCGGGGCACCAGGAUUGACUUGCUGGAGGAGGAGUUACGUCGUCUGAGAGAAGAAAUACAAGACCACACGGCUAAGAAUGCAUCUCUAAAGGAAGCACUGUCCCAGUAUCAGCUGCAGCUGAGUGAGUCACAGCAGCAUCUCCUCUCUCUGGAGGAGGUGAAGAGGAGCCAGGCUUUGCAGUGCAGUGCUGCCAGGGAUAGCCUGGACUCCUCUCAAACCCAACUUAAGGAUCUGACAGCACAGAUUCAGCACCUGCAGCUUCUUCUGGAGGAGGAGGAGAGGAGGAGGAAGAUCGCAGAGGAGCGUUACGCCAGUCAGCAGGACGAAUACGAGGCAACCAUGCGGAGGAGACAAAAGGAGCUUGAUGAGGCCAACUUCACCAAGAUUGAGUUGGAUAAGAUGGUGUCGGACCGAGCCCGGGAUGCCGAGCGUCUGCGGAGGCAGCUGGAGGAGGCGGAGCAGCGUGUGAAGGAGACACAGACAGAGUUGGCUAAGGUAAGGCAACAGCACAGUGUGGAGAUGAGGGAGGUGAAAGAAACGUAUGAGUCUCAGAUCCUCAUAACACAGACCAGCAUGCAGCGACUUUCAAUGCAGCGAGAGGAAGAUUCUUCCUCCUUGCGGCAACAAUCUGAAAAGUUGGAGGCAGAAUGCAGAGAUCUCCAAGAGGAGCUGAGGAGGCUGCGUGUCUCUCUCAAGGAAGAGGAGGCACAUAGGAGACGCAUUGAAGAGGAGGCACAGCUGCAGAGUUCAGUGGUAACAGAAGAGGCCAGGAGGAGACGUGAGCUGGAGUCCCAUGUACAGCUACUCCUUAGCCAGAAGAACGAAGAGGAGAACCGGUCGAAGCAGACACAGGAGAGCUCAACACGUGUUCUUCAAGAGAAGAAUAGUGAGAUCAACCGCUUGACACAUGCUCUGGAGGAAGAACUGCGCAGAAGAAGAGCCCUAGAGGCAGAGACUGAGGGUUUGGAGCAAGCCCUAGCCGAACUACGUGCCAAACUCACUUCUUCAUCUCAAGAGCUGGUUCAGUUGCGCUCCACCCAACAGGAGCUGAGCCUCCUCCGUGUCGAAUUGGAGACUCAAGGAACUGAAAAGGGACGUGCGGAACAAACUAUUGCUAGACUGCAAGCCCGAGUCCAGGAGCUGCAGCAGGAGCUGGAGCGACUGGAGGGGGAGUUGGAGCACCAGGGCCGUGUGGCUCAGGAGGAAGCUGCCAAGCGCAGGAGAACUGAAACACAGUUGGAGAAAAGCAGUCAGGCAAUGCGAGAAUAUACCUCCACCAUCAACACACUGCGCAAGAGUCUGGAAGAGACCAGUUCCGGCACCCGGGCAGCUGAAGAAGAAAUCAGACAGCUGCAAGAGGCAUUGGAUCGCAGCCGAAAGGAGCACAGCGCAGUGUCUCAGCGUCUGGCUACACUGGAAUCAGAAACGAAGACUCUAAGGCUGCAACUGACUCAGGAACAGGGCCGUGUCCGUGAGGCCAACCAGCGUUACGAGACUCUGCAUCGUAGCAUGGAAGAAAAAACCCGUGCGCUGAAUGAGAGCAUUGCUGAGGCUAACCGACUGAAGAGCCUGACACAAGAACUCACUAAAGAACGUCUCCAUCUUGAGGAAGAGCUGCGGACUGCGAGGCAGGAGCGAGAUGAGAUCCAGAGUAGCAGGCAGCAAGGAGAUGAGGAGGCAGCUGCACAGAUUUCAGCUCUCCAACAGCAGCUCCAGGACAGCCAACGCACCACUGCUGAGCAUGACGGCCUCAUCAAACAGCUCUCUCAGGAAAGAGAGAAACUGCGGUUGGAGAUACAGAAGAUACAAAAACAAACCAGUGAGACAUCUUCCACAAUUCAGACUUACCAGUCCCAAUGCAGCGAGCUGCAGCAAGAGCGAGAUGCUCUAAUGAAGAAGAUAAAGGCAAUGGAACAAGAUCUGGCUCGUUUACAGAAGCUGCAGGAGGAGCUAACAAGCAUCAAACUGUCACUGGAGUCAGAGCUACGUCUCAAACAGCGUCUCCAGGAAGAGAACGAGAAGAUCAGAAAAGAGUCUGGCCAAUGGAGAAGCCAGUACGAGUCACAGGAGAGCCAUGUACGGCAGCUAGACUCAGAUCGCUCCCGUUUGGAGCGUGAGCGUGACACCCUGAGGUAUGAGUUAGAGCAGUUGCAGCUGAAGUUGAAGGAGAUAGAUCAGCGCUACAAGCUGCAACUACAGAGCAUGCAGCAGGAGUACACUGAGCUCAAAGCUCUCAGAGACUCACUGCAGCAGGAGCUUUUGAGCCUACAGCAACAACCUGACACCUGCAGUAGAUUCACACAGACAGAGACCACUGUCGACCCAUCCACACUGGUCUUUGAAGGUGUGCGCAAGACGGUCACUGCCCAGCAACUGCGUGACUGUGGCGUUAUUAACCAGGUGACUUUUGAUCAGCUUCUGAAUGGGAAACGAAGUGUUCCAGAAGUGGCAGUUGACAUCAGACUAAGCCUAAAAGGUACUGGGGUCAUUGCAGGAGUGGCUACUGGUCCUCAGGGUAGGAUGCCAAUUACAGAGGCGAAGAGAGAAAACAUUCUCAGUGAAGAUGUUGCUGUCAUGCUGCUGGAGGCUCAGGCUGCCACAGGCCACAUAAUUGACCCCAGAGCCAAUGUGAGAAUGACUGUUGAUGAGGCAUGCUCUUGUGGGAUGGUGGACGAUAAGGACAAAGAGCGACUACUUGUUGCAGAGGCAGCCUGUGUUGGCUUUAGAGAUCCAAGUACAGCAAAGCCACUGUCAGUGGGCCAAGCCAUGCGUAAAGGGCUGAUAGAUCAGGGAACCACUCUGAGGCUGCUUCAGGCUCAAGAGGCUGUAGGAGGUAUGCUUGACCCAGUCCUCAGUGUAUAUCUCCCUAAAGAUGUUGCUAUGGAUCGUGAUCUAAUUGAUGAUGUCCUUUACCAAGCCCUAAAUGGAAAACCAGAGUGCUACAUUGACCCAGGUACUCAUCUGGGGGCAAGCUAUGUUACCCUUAAGAAGCAAUGCAAGACCGACCCCACCACAGGUCUUUUGCUAUUGCCAGCUCCAGAGAAACCUAUGAUGGUGCAGGGACUGAGGGAUAAGGUCCCUGUCACAGACCUUGUAGAUGCCAAACUACUGGAGCGCUCAGAUCUUGAACAACUUAAAGAGGGCAAGUUGACCAGCCAAGACAUUGAGCAUAGACUGAGGGCUUAUUUGCGUGGAUCCACCUGUAUUGCUGGUGUCUUUGAUGAGGCAAAUGACCGCACAUUGCCCAUCUACCAGGCCAUGAAGGAUGGGCUUCUUCGGCCAGGCACCACUAUGGAGCUACUGGAGGCCCAGGCUGCCUCAGGCUUCAUGAUUGACCCUGUCAACAACCAGUAUCUAACAGUUGAAGAGGCAUGUAAGAAGGGUUUGGUGGGCAUAGAGUUCAAAGACAAGCUAGUUUCUGCUGAGAGAGCUGUCACUGGUUACAAAGACCCUGGCACAGAGAAAGUAAUUUCCCUCUUCCAAGCCAUUGAACGUGGUUUGAUUGAAAAGGGCCAUGGCAUCCGCCUUCUGGAGGCUCAAAUAGCUAGUGGUGGAAUCAUCGAUCCCAAACAGAGUCACCGCAUUGAUGUAGAUGUGGCUUAUCAGAGGGGCUACUUUGGCAAAGAGAUGAAUCAAAUCUUGAAGGACGAGGGAGAUGACACUAAGGGUUUCUUUGACCCAAACACACAGGAGAAUCUUACUUACCUACAGCUGAAGGGUCGCUGCAUCACGGACAAGGAAACAGGACUGGUGCUCCUGCCACUCUAUGACAAAAGGAAACAAGCACAGCAGCAGACACAGAAAAACACACUAAGGAAGAGAAGGGUAGUGAUUGUUGAUCCAGAUACCAAUAAGGAGAUGACAGUACAUGAGGCAUAUGAGAGGCAGCUGAUAGACUAUGAAACAUACAUGGAGCUUUCUCAACAAGAGUGUGAAUGGGAGGAAAUCACCAUCACCACUUCAGAUGGUUCCACCCGGCUGGUAAUUGUGGACAGGAAGACAGGCAUCCAGUAUGACCUGCAGCAGCUGCUGGAAAAGGGUGUGAUUGAUCAAGACACUUUACAGAGGUACAGCUCAAAAGCCCUCACACUGACGGAGUUUGCUGAUAUCAUAACCAGCAAGAGCAAGCCCCAGACCCAGCCCCUCAGCUCUCACACACCUUCAUCCACAACCUCGUUUUCAUCACAGACGUCAGUCAAAACCGAAAAGGUGACAACAGUUGGGAGCACUCCCCCACAGCAAACUCCACCCUCACCAAAUACUCUGAAGCACAUCGCAAGCGUGUCCAUCACACUGGCAGCACCUAAGGACACAACUGACGAACAAAGUCCUGUGGGGGCAGUCUUUCACAUAGAGACGAUGGAAAAGAUUAGCGUGUUUGAGGCACUAAGACGUGGCAUCGUUGACUCCAUCACGGCCCAGAGACUGUUGGAGGCACAGGCCUGCACUGGUGGUAUUGUGAAUCCAGAAAAUGGCCGUCGGGUCUCAAUCCAGGAGGCAACCCGGCUUGGCAUCCUAGAUAAUGAGAUGGCCAACCGGCUAAAAGCAUCUCAGAAGGCCUACAUUGGUUUUGAGGAUGUCAAGUCAAAACGGAGGAUGUCUGCAGCUGAGGCUGUAAAAGAGAAAUGGUUGCCGUAUGAGGCUGGACAGCGUUUCCUAGAGUUCCAGUUUCUCACUGGAGGGCUGUUUGAUCCUGAGCACGGCUGCAGACGCACACUUGAGGAAGCUGUACGCCUGGGCUGGUUGGAUGGUCGGGCAGCGCAGAAGCUCCAGGAUACCAAGCACCACCCUAAGACACUGACCUGCCCUAAAACCAAGCUGAGGAUCUCAUACCGUGAGGCACUGCAAGGCUCCAUGGUGGAGGAAAAAACCGGGAUCCGAAUGCUCCCUGGAGCCACCACUUCCUCGUGUGGCAUAAGCAGCCCCUACAACUCCUCAUCUGCUCCUGGCUCUGCCUCAGGGUCACGUACAGGAUCACGGAGAGGCAGCGUUGACCUCACAUUCUCAUCCUCUUCACUCUCCAGAUAUAGCAGCUUCAGCUACAAUAGAACCUCCUUUAGCUCAAGUUCUUUGUCUUAGAGCAAAAAAAACUACAACAUUACUACAUCACUGAACAAAACAAUUUUACAAUCUUGUCAUUUUAAAUAACAUACAUUUAGGUCAAUACUUUGAAAGUACUUAACACUUCAUCACCUUAUCCAUGUUACAUUACUAAUUACAUUCAUCAUUCAUAAAUAAUACUCUCACACCAUCAGCUUAAGUAACACAUUUGAUCCCACACUACAUGCUAUCAUCUUAGCCAUGUCAUAUUACUGAAUGAUUGAUCAGUCAUUAUAGGUCAAUACUCUUAAUCCACAUAACAUGCCAUUGUCUUGGCCAUGUCAUAAUUUUAUAUCAUACAUUGGUUAUAAUUAACACUCUCAUACCAUUGAUUUAAGUCAACACUAGCACACUGUCUAACACCACUUCCAUCUUAAUAAUGUCAUAUUUGAGUUGUUACUUUAAAAAAGAGUGAGAUCAUUGUCCCUAAAGAUUCAUAAUCAUUUUUGAACAUUUUACUAUGAUACCAAAAAUGUUUUAAAUAAGUAUUUUUUAUCUGCAUACAUUAAAAUUUAUUAAACUAAUGUAACCUUAUUAAAGUGAUGACAUAACUUUGUGUCCUUUCAUUUUGGUGGUUUAGUGCAGUGACCACGUGUCAUUGUAUUUGACUGGAAUAUUUAACAUGUGAAUGAAUAGGUGUGAGGGCAGAUGUAAUGCUGAUUACAAAUCCUUUUUUUCUAUUAUUUUGAAGAGAUUGAAUAUACUUUUGGGGUAUGCUGUUAUUUGAUGUUGCUUUAAAAACUAAGGUACCUUUUUUCAUUCACAGUUUAAGUGAGAAAUAUUGCAAUGCUUUUAUAUUACUAGUAGAUUUUAUAACAGUGUUUCUAUGCUGCUUUGCAUUCUACAUAUUAUGACUGUCUUACUGUUUGUUUGA